AUGGCAGCAUUAUCAUCGAAUACAAAAUAUUAUAAAGAAGCUUAUAAUCUGUUUCAACAAUGCUCACAAAAUGAAGAUCGUCAUGAUUUAGCAAAUAAAGUGUUCGAUGAAGCAUCAUCACCAACGUCUGAUACGGUGCAAAUUGCCAAAGCCUGCUCACGUGAAUUAGAAAAACUAUUACCAUUUGUUACAUCACCUACAAUUCUAUCGUCGUUUUUCGAUCGUUUAACAGCACUUGAAUUAGACGAUCUUAUUCGUGAUCGUUCAGCAUGUUUUGUAUUAGAAAAACUUCUUAAUUAUUUACCAAAUGGUUUAUCCACAGAAAAUGAACAAAUACGUGUUGCAUACGAUCGAUUAUUUGAAUGUGUAUGCGAACAUUUCGAUGAUUACAUAAAAGAAACCGGUACAAGUCAUAUAAUCGCCUCGACUAUUUCAUUUCUUCAUCCACUGAUUAUACCAACUGAUAAUAAUGAAUAUGAAACAUUAAUUGAUGGUGGUCAAACAGAAAGAAAGUUUUUUCCAUUAUCUUCCGAAUGGCAUGUAAUAAAAAAAAUCAAACAAAUUGGAAAAUUAGCUAAAAAAACUAAAAAUUAUAAUGAACUAGUAUAUGCAACAUUGCUUCGUAUAUGUGGAUAUCAUUGUAAAGAAUUCUAUGAAAAAUUAAUGGAUAAAAUCUGUUCAAAAUAUUAUACGAAUCUAAAUUAUGAACAUUUAUUAGAUAAAAAAUCAUCAUUUAUAUUCGAAGUACUUCUAGAAUUUCCAUCUGAACAACGUGAUAAUAUAAUUUAUCCAAUUUUCUUCUCACACAUCGAUGACUUUUAUUUGCAUCCAAUUGGAAAUAUUUUUUUCAAGCAUUUAUUAUUAACAUUAAAUAAUAAAGAAUUAGUUGAAAAAAUUUAUCAAACCAUGGCGGAUGAAGAACGUUUCGAUAAGUUAAUACUCCAAAGUCAUAUUCAUUUAUUGAUUACAUUUAUUCGUAUUUGCGAACGAUUUCAUUGCCAUUAUGAAGAACUUAUCAAUCGAAUAAAUAAAUUGAUUAAUCCGGAAAAAAAUAAUAUCAAUAAUUUUAUUACUUGCUUAUUAAAAUUACGUGCAGAAAAUUCUGAUAAUCAAUUGAUAACCAAAGAAGGUUCGCUCGUCGUUCAAGCUCUUCUUCGAGCUGAAAAAGUUGAUUCAUUCACUCAACGAUCAUUCCUUUCGUUAUCCGGUGAACAAAUUUCAUGCAUAGCUUGUCAUCCAAGUGGUUCGCAUUUACUUUGUCAACUAAUUCUCAAAUCAAAACUAUGGCCAAUACUUCGACAAAAGAAUUUCUAUGAAAAAAUCGAUGAAUUCUAUACAAAAAUGGCAUCGGAUAAAGCUGGUUGUUGGUUUGUAACACAGUUAUGGAAAAAUGCUCGAACAAUCGAUCAAAAACUUCAAAUGGCUAAAAGUAUGUCGAAUGAUUUUCAAAAUCUUCGCUCACAAACUUACGCAAGAUUUAUUACGUACGAAAUGAAUUUAACAGCAUAUUGUUCAAGACCAGACCAAUGGAAACGAAGUGUUGAAAUUAUGUUUUAUAAAUCAAAUUUCAUUAUCAUCCUUUUAUUUUUAACGAUCCUUAUUAUUCCAACAUAUUCCGUUGAUAUCGAAUUAACUAUACUUGUUCCCGCCAGUCAACGUGAAUGCUUUCAUCAAGUAUUAGGCGCAGACAAAACAGUCGACGUUGAAUAUGAAGUAUUAGCUGGCGGAGAUAAUGAUAUAAAUUAUUGGUUUUAUGCACCGUCGAAUCGUGUUUUACAAUCAGAUUUUCAAAAGCGUGAUGGCCAUCAAACAUUGAAAUUAGAAGAAUCAGGAGAAUAUCGAUUCUGUUUUGAUAAUACUUUUUCACGGUUUAGUCAAAAACAAGUCUAUUUUAGUUUGAGACUUGUUGAUGAACAUGGAAAUAAUGAAAUCGAUCGAGUUACAGAACCAUGGAUGACAGAUAUUGAUAGAGACGAUCUUGGAGAAUUACAAUACAAAAUUGAACAAAUCAAAGAUACUUUUCAACGCAUUUGGGAUAAUAUGGAAUCUGCUCAACGUUACCAAAAGACAUUUAAUAAUUAUGAAGUACAUGAUCGUAUUAUAGUAGAGAACAAUUUUGAACGUGUUAACUUUUGGUCAAUUAUUAAUAUCGUUCUCAUGGUAACUGUUUCGAUCAUACAAGUUGUAACUAUUCGUAGUUUAUUUGAAUCAAAAUCUAAAUAUGGCAAAUUUUUACGUGGAAAAAAAUAA